AUGCUACGCAGCUUCGCGCUGCUCUCCAUCCUUUCUGCAGCUUCCGCCGUCGUUGCGUACGAUGUACCCUUGCUGGACACCGAUUACUCCAGGCAAAUAUGCUCCGGCAUGUGGAGCAACAGUAAAACCUACCUGAAUGUCAGCUUCGACAGCACUUCCCAGGGCCAGGUAGCAAUGGUCAUAUAUGAAUGGAAAGACUCUCCAUAUCUAGGCAAGGUGACGUCCAAAGUGGAUGACUAUCUUCCCAAAACAUAUGUGUGCACUUCCGACGCCGUUAGGGGUGGAUUCUGCAGCCAAUCACAGCUAGGCCGCUUUAUUCUCGACCUUCCGGAAGGCAGAUCUAUCAACGACACGAGUUUCUGGUCAGCACGACGACAGGAUGGCUCAUUCAACCCAAGCCCCUCAGGUAUUCACUGGUAUCGGGAGCCGAUACAAUACUUGGUCCGAAAAACGGGCUACUAUUGCGUCGCGGUCGUCCCCGUCACUGUCUUACAGUCAUCCACGAGAGAUGUCAUCACACGUCAAAACUCUACUAGCGUACACCCUGAAUACAAAGGCAAUGUUCAUUUUCAUAAUACGUUCGAUGGUCAGCUUCCAGCGACCGACUACCCCAAAGUCAAUUUUUAUCUAGCAAUGUUCAUCGUGUAUGCCGUCUUGGGUGGUGCCUGGGCCUGGCUGUGUUACCGGCACCUCUCAGAAUUACUCCCAAUACAGUAUUAUCUUUCCGGCCUUGUAGGGUUUCUGGUCAUUGAAAUGAUUGCUAACUUAGCGUACUACCGCUAUCUUAAUGCUCACGGAAAGGGAACCACAUCGACGGUUUUCCUCUUCGUAGUAGCAAUCCUCGAUGCAGGUCGAAAUUCACUGUCUUUCUUCAUGCUUCUUGUGGUUUCUCUCGGUCUCAGUGUGGUCCGUGAUGAGCUUGGACGCACAAUGCGAAAAUGCCAGCUUCUGGCUGGCGCCCAUUUCAUUUUUGGAGUCUUAUAUGCCGUUGGUAUCGUAGAGCUCGAAUUCGAAUCCACAUCUGCCCUCGUCUUGCUCAUGUUCGUCAUUCCGUUGGCCUUCACACUCAGCGGAUUCCUCAUGUGGAUCCUCUACUCUCUCAACGCGACGAUAUCCCAACUCAAGGCCCGGAAACAGCAUUACAAACUUCGCAUGUUCCAACGCCUGCAUUACAUUCUUUUGUUCGUUGUGGUAGUGGUUGUCAUUUUUUUCGUGGUGUCUUCGCUGUCGUUCUCUGGGCGUCUUGCCGAAGACUAUGCUGCCAAGACUUGGAAAUACCGGUGGUGGCUGCUGGACGGCUGGCUUGCCCUUCUCUUCCUCGUCGCCUUCGUAUUGAUCGCGUACCUCUGGCGGCCAUCUGCCAACAACAGAAGGUUGAUGAUGUCAGAUGAGCUCGCACAGGAUGACGACGAUGCGGAAGACUACGACCUUGAGUCUAUGCAGCGGCGCACAAUGUCCAGGCCUCGUGACGACGACGAAGCAACGCUUGUCGGCGCCCAUCACGGAGCCAACCCUCUUCACGACGACGCUGUCGUCUUUGAAAUUGGGGAUGAAGAUGCGCACGAUCUUAGCGACGACGAGGAUGAUGUUGCGAAGCAGCGGUCAGCCCGACGCGCCUCUCCCCAGCAUCACGAGGAUGGUAGCGAUGAUGAGCGAGAUGGGUUGAUGAGCGGAGGCGAUGCGCCAAGGAAGAACAGGGACGAUUAACAUACGCGUCCAGUAUAGGAGACAAUGCUCGCUCUCACCACCAACGGUAUUUUUAUUUUGCGAGUGUUAUUAUAAUGAGUAGAAUACAUGGGUGGUUAUCUAGCAACUCGAGAUCAAACCAAAUACAAUGACCAAAGAAAGGAAUCAAUCCCGUAUACGACCCGUGGAAGUCGUGUAAAGACGAGCGGCGAUGUUCAUGCUUUGUAGUUCCUGGAACAGCAACUUCGCCGCAUAAGGAAUAUGUAGCUGUGAACAUGCCGUUUUGUUUUUGCAUGCGCGACAUUCGAAGCUUUGCUUUUUCAGGUUGGCAAUAGCGGUGAGGCCACAGAUAUCACAAACGUGCAGACGAUACGCGUCGCUAGCAUCGAAUAGACGCUCCUUCAAGAAUCCUGCAACACCAUGCGAAAUCAUACAAUCGCGCUCCAUCUCUCCGAACCGGAGACCACCAUCACGACUACGACCCUCCACCGGCUGCCUGGUCAGGAUCUGCACGGGCCCUCUCGCACGCGAGUGGAUCUUAUCGUCCACCAUAUGCUUCAGCCGCUGAUAGUAUGUAGGCCCAAGGUAAACCUGCGCCUGUAAUUUCCGCCCUGUAUGUCCGUGGUACAUCACUUCCAGCCCACGGGACUGAUAGCCUUGCUGCUUCAAGAAUGUUGAUACCGACUCGACAGUGAGCUCGGUGAACGGGGUCGCAUCACCCUCGUUUCCGAUG